UGCAAAGCCUGCAGAACUCAUUGAUCAUGAAGCCAUCAAGCAGCCUUCUGCUUUUGGUCAGUGUGGCUUAUUUGUUCCUCUUUGCAGAGGCUGUGAGCCAGGGAGGCUGCCAGGACCUGUCCCAGGAAUUGGAUAAAAAGGCUUUUUGCAGCAACUAUGAGCAACUAGCUACAGGUGGAAAACCCUGUCCCAAGAUCCACAAACCAGUUUGUGGUACUGAUGAACAAACUUACCAUAAUCGCUGUGAAUUCUGCAAAGCAGCUAAGGAAAGAAAUGGAAAGCUCAGUUUCAAACACGAUGGGAAAUGUUGAUUUCUCUGAUGCUGCAAUGCUGGAAGGGCCUUGGUUUGCCUUUUGCCACAGGUUUACUCCCUGUUAUCCAGACUUCCUUGCAAUGUAUUUCCCACCAGUUAUUAUGCAUAACAGAAAGCAGUUUCAAUAAAGCUAUCUUGGCUGACAUUCUACAUUGAUGUGUUUUUUAGAUAAUGAUAGAGUCACCUUUGUAAUUGCUGGACCAUCUUCCUAUGAAAUGAUGU